CAACAAUAACGAAAGCGGUUGAGACAGCGGCAGGAGUAGCAGGAGCAGCAAUAACAAAAAAAUAGAAAAAAAAAACAGUAAUAACAUCUGCAAUGCAUUAUUAAUCGUUCGAAUUGUAACUCUUCUUAUACUUUUGACUUUGCUAACCGCAAAAUUUCUACACUAUCUCCACCUCUCCUUUGUCAUCAUCGUCUUUAACAUCAUCUUUCCUACUUUAGUCUGUGUAUUAAACUUGUUCAUUGUAAUCAUUUAUCACCAGCCACAUCAGUGAAUGUGUAUUAAAGGAAGGUAUCCAACCAAAUAAAAACUACUUGAAUAUUUGUAAAAAGAAAGAAAGCAGAAAUAUAAAAAAAGAUUUCCCUGAUUUCCAUCUGUAAAAGAUUUAUGCUUAACAUUAUUAUUUUAUUUUAUAACUUUCUUAUAACAUUUCUUGAUUUUGAAAAGAAUAAAGUGAAUUUUUUUUUUGGAAAAAAAUUAUGCAUAAGAAAAAGUGGUUUAAGUGCCAAGAUGGACAAAAUGUGAUUUUUUUUUUAAGUUUUGUGAUUCGUGUUUUGUAAUUGCAUUUGAUAUCUGUAGAAAAUAAAAGCCAAAAGCAGAAAUAUUACACAAUUAUUAGUCUACCCAAAAAAGGUGUGGUUUUUCACAAUAAGAAAAUCCCCAAACAAAUGUGAAAAUGACAACUUAAAUAACUCAACUUAAUAAAAAGAAAAUUAACAAAACACACAAAAAACAACAAAAUAAAUGAAAACUAAAUGAACUCAAGGAAUUUUGCUACUUAGUUUAAGAAUUAAAAAAAAAAAAACAAAAGAAAAAAAGAAUUCAAUACAAAAAAGUUUAACUGCUGCUAAAACAUAACUUUUUGUAAACAUGGCUUGGGGUUAUUGGAGUGCUACCACGGUGGAUCGUGGUCGUUCGCCGCGUCGUAAUACCCAAUGCACUCCUUUACCCGUCAAUCUACAACAGCCCGAGGAAGAACCCUGUGUUACCACCACCACGACAGCAGCUGCUGCGGCGGCGGCGGUAACACAACCUUCCACUACCACAAAUGCUUCGAAUACAUGUCCCAAUACACCCUCGGGUACACAAGCCAAUCUCUGCUACAGUCCCACCUGUCGCAGUCGCUGCAGCAGUCCGUGUCCGGGUAGUCCUUGUCCCGGUAGCCCUUGUGGCUCUAUAACUCCGCCGCCUCCGCCACCACAUCCUCUAACAUCAUCACAACAGUAUUUACAUCAGCAUUCGAAUAAAAAUUGUCCAGCUGCACAACAAAUGUUUGCAGCGGAUGAUUAUCCUUCGCGUCGUCAAUCGCUGGAUCGUUUGGAUAGUCCUCAGGUAUGGACUUAUACUAAGUCCAAAUAUUUUGAUAUACAGGCCAAUCAACUAUCAGACAUUAUGUGCCGCGGUGCGGUGGUAUCUUCCAUACAAUCAGCUAAUAAUACUUUGACAAGAGGAGUGUCACUGCACAGUCGCAGCGGCAGUGCCCAUGGUAGUAUACAUGGUGGUGGAAGCCAUCAUGGCAGCCAUGGUGCUGUAGGUCCCGGCAGCGCUCAUGGUUCAAUGGGCUGUUUGCAGGGCAGCACGGGCCAUCUGGUGAAUGUGGUGCACGGCAGCAGUGGCAGUGUGGGCAUGUUGGCCGGUGGUCCUAUUGACACGGGCGAUUAUGAUGUACCACAUCCACAUCCUUAUACACAUCAUUAUAUGCAAACAUCAUCGUCGAUAACACCGCCACAUUCCACUAUGAGUUUGAUCGGCUCUAGGCCAGGAUCAGCUGGUCCAUGUCCUGGUCAUGAUUCUGGUUCCGAUUCUAGCCAAGGUUGUGGCUCCAUUAUGGCAAGCGGUAUUGGCAGCGGUGGCGGCGGUGGCCACCUGGGCCAUAUGUCCGCCCAUUUAGUGGGCAUGUCGGGUGGUCAUCAUACUCACAGUGGCGGCAGUGGUUCGUUGGGACGUUGUUCGAGUCGCUGUCACAAUACCACCACUACGACCGAUGAUUCGGGUGGCGGUAGUGGUGGUAGUGUCUUUGGCAGUGGUCCCUGUAUGGGAGGCCUAGAACAGGCGGCAACACAUCAACAUCAUCACAUCGUUAGACACGGCAGUGCCGGUAGUGGCCUAAAUGGUUGUGGUAGUGGUGGCAGUGGAGGACGUAAUAGUUCUCUCAGCACCAUACACAAUGGUCAUGGUCAUCAUCAGUAUCAUCAUGAGUGUAUACAUUAUGAACGUCUGCCCAUACCAGUGCCCAUACCCACUGUGCCAACUACACAUCAACAACAGCAAUUGCAAUCGGAGGAGGAAAUUGAACCGGCGUAUGCAACAGUUUUUCCAAAUGUUCCUGCAGCACCUGGUUCACUGUGUGAUGGUGAAGAUCGCAGCAUUUAUCGACGGGGUGCCAGAAGAUGGCGCAAACUGUAUAGGGUUAAUGGUCAUAUAUUCCAAGCUAAACGUUUUAAUAGACGUGCAUUUUGUGCUUAUUGUCAAGAUCGCAUCUGGGGUCUGGGACGUCAAGGUUUCAAGUGCAUACAAUGCAAACUGUUGGUACACAAAAAAUGCCAUAAAUUGGUUAAGAAACCCUGUUCGAAUGAGGAUGUCAAACCGUUGGUGCCCAAGGGGGCGGAAGAUGAUUUCGCCGAACAGCUACCACAAAUGCCACCACCCAUACCCGAUUAUCCACCCAUACAUCCGGGAGCCGAUGAAUCCUGCAUUUCCUCGGAUCCUGAGUAUAUGCCUUCGGCUUCCAGCGGUGGUGGAGUGGGCGGUUAUAUGGGUUCACAGAAUAAGGAGGAAAUCGAAAUGGGUUCACAGCGUCAAUUCUCUUUGGAUGAUUUCGAAUUGAUACGUGUCAUUGGUCGUGGCAGUUAUGCCAAAGUCUUGAUGGUGGAACUGAAAAAGACUAGACGCAUCUAUGCCAUGAAGGUUAUUAAGAAAGCUUUGGUUACGGAUGAUGAGGAUAUCGAUUGGGUGCAAACGGAGAAGCAUGUUUUUGAAACAGCCUCAAAUCAUCCUUUCCUGGUGGGUUUACAUUCGUGCUUCCAGACACCAUCACGUCUAUUCUUUGUUAUUGAAUUUGUACGCGGCGGUGAUCUUAUGUAUCACAUGCAACGUCAAAGACGUUUGCCCGAGGAACAUGCUCGCUUCUAUGCGGCCGAAAUAAGUUUGGCUUUGAAUUUCUUGCAUGAGAAGGGUAUUAUAUAUCGUGAUCUGAAACUGGAUAAUGUUUUGCUAGAUCAUGAGGGUCAUAUUAAACUAACCGAUUAUGGUAUGUGUAAGGAAGGCAUACGCCCGGGAGAUACCACAUCCACCUUCUGUGGCACACCCAAUUAUAUAGCACCCGAAAUUCUAAGGGGUGAGGAUUAUGGUUUUUCAGUAGAUUGGUGGGCUUUGGGUGUGUUGCUAUAUGAAAUGUUGGCUGGACGCAGUCCCUUCGAUAUAGCCGGGGCUUCAGAAAAUCCUGAUCAAAAUACUGAGGAUUAUCUUUUCCAAGUUAUUUUGGAGAAAACCAUACGUAUACCACGUUCUUUAAGUGUGAAAGCUGCUUCGGUUCUUAAAGGUUUCUUAAAUAAAAAUCCAGCCGAUCGUUUGGGCUGCCAUCGUGAGACCGCCUUUAUGGAUAUUAAAAAUCAUCCCUUCUUUAAGGUUAUUGACUGGGAAAUGAUUGCAAGUAAGGAAGUACCACCACCAUAUAUACCUACAUUUGAUCCUGGCGAUCCUUUUAUGACAACAAAUUUUGACAUUCAAUUUACCAGAGAACCGGCUGAAUUGACGCCAGAUGAUCCUCGUGUUAUUGAUAAUAUAGAUCAAACUGAAUUUGAAGGUUUCGAAUAUGUUAAUCCAUUGCUAAUGUCUUUGGAAGACGAAGUUUGACAUCACGAGUUUUGUGACUUACAUCCCUAUAAUAUGCGUCUUUACGGCGAAGAUUCCAGUGACUAUGAUUCAGUUGCUGAUGAUUUAAGUUUAUUACGUUUAAAUGCUCCUAAUAAUAAUUUAAUUACACAUUUAAAUAAUUAUACUAAUAAUGAUCACCAACAACAACAACAAACACAACA